AUGGAUGAAAUAGAAGUGGCUGUUAAGAAAUUUUCAGAAAACCGAAAGAGCACAUUGUUUGAUGAAUACGAACGUCUAUCAGUUGAAAUUCAACUCAACCAAGCCAUGCUAAGGAGGAGCUUGUCCGAGCCAGGGACAUCGAUGUUUCGUGCACACCUAGGCGUGGGUGCACCACCAUUGGUUCAACAGCCGGUGGAACAAGGGAAGCGAGGUACGUCUUGGGGUAAUGGUUUGCAUAAGAUUGUCAAGAAGUUACUUAGGCCUGUUUUUUGGAAGAAGAAAGGGAGGAAAAAUGUUCAUCAUCAUGUUGAGAAAGAGCAACAAGAGCCUAGUAGAAGUAAAAAUAAUAAUGACCUUAAAUCUUGGAAGAGGUUUAGCAAAUCAGUAAGCAACAGUUUUAGAAUUCAAUCAUAUAGUUCUGCUUCAAAUUCAUCUACUUUAAGCUUAACAGAAAUGAAAGGUGAAUACCAAGAAUACAAUAGUAGUAAAGCAAAAGUUAAACAAUUAGUUGAUGAAAUUAGAGCAACCCCACCUCAAGAAAGGUCUAAAAUCCUUGAUUCUAUGAUUGAGAAGCAGGGUGAGUCCAAAACUAUAGGUUAUAUUAAUGAUUUAAUUAUGGGUUUAGUGAUGGCUGAGGAAUUGGACCUUGCCUUGAAACUGUUCGACGAAAUGCCACUGCAUGGUUUAUCACCAGACUGUUGGACUUAUUCUAUACUUAUCAGGUGUUAUUGUAAGAAAAAUCAGCCUGAUGAAGGGAAAAGAGUUCUGGACUGUAUGAUCGAAAACGGAUUUCGACCAAAUGUGGUGACUCUUACCAUCUUGGUGAAUUCAUUAUGCUCAAGAGGUAGACUUCAGAGAGCUUUUCAGGUGUUGGAGAUUAUGGGUGAACUUGGGUGCAACCCGAAUGUUCAAACUUAUAAUUGUGUGUUAAAAGGGUUGUGCUUUGUUGGCAGGGUAGAAGAAGCUUAUGAUAUGUUGAUGGGUUUGAAGAGAAAGGGGGAUAAUGAUAAUGAAGACAGUAGUAGUACUAAUCCUGAUAUAUAUUCAUACACUGCUGUUAUGGAUGGUUUAUGUAAAGUGGGCAGGUCAGGUGAGGCCAUGGAAUUGCUUGAGGAAGCAAUCGCGAUGGGAUUAACUCCGAGUGUGGUUACUUAUAAUGCUCUCUUUAAUGGGUAUUGCAAAGAAGGGAAACCAAGGAAAGGGGUCGGGUUGUUGAAGCAAAUGAAGGAUCGCGGUUGUGUACCUGAUUAUAUAAGUUACAGUACUUUGCUUCAUGGGUUGUUGAAAUGGGGUAAAUUUAUGGCAGCUUAUUGGGUUUACAAAGAAAUGGCCGAGGUUGGUUUCAAGGUGGAUGGAAGGAUGAUGAACACCUUGUUAAGAGGUUUGUGCAGGAAAUCUUGGAAUGAACAAGAGCUCUUCAAAUUUGUGGAUGAAAUAUACGCAAAAAUGAAGAGUUGGGAUUAUUCUGUCUUUCCUGACACUUAUUAUCUGGUGAUUCAAACCUUUUGUAUUAGAAAGGAGGUUGAUAUGGCUUUGAUUACUUUGAAAGAGAUGAUUGAAGCUGGUUAUUUUCCAAGGAUGGUCACGAUUAAUCGAAUCAUUCGUGGACUCUGCAAGGAGGGGAAGAUUAGCCAAGCACUAUCAAUUUUAGUUCUUGUGUGUGAAGCUGGUAAAUUUCCCAGCAAAAUUAGCUUUAACAUUUUGAUUGAUGAGUUCAAUAGGCAAGGGUUUGUGCUUGGUGCCUGCAACGUCUAUGGUGCUGCAUUAAAGCUUGGUAUAAUUCCACACCAGAUACCCUCGAGCUCACAACAAAUUAAAUUACCAUAA